AUCCAUACUCGCGCUCACCAUCGCAAGCGCACGUUAUCGAAAUCUAUCCGCUCAUACACAAGCUCCAAAGGCAAGAAGGGGAGGGGGAAAAGAGAUGAACAAGCUUCGCGCACCCUCGCACUCGCACUGCUCAAGACACGCGAUAACAGCAUCCUUUGGCCAGCAGCAGCAGCACACGAAUCGUCAGAGCACCAUGACUUCUCGCGCGAGCGGCAGCACGCUCGGCACUAGCCAAGCAGGCGAUCCUACACGCUCAGCAUCUCCAGCCAGCAUGAGCAUCAGCAACGGCAACAGCACUCGCGCCAGCAACAGCAACAGCACUCGCGCCUCCGAAGCGGCACACGUAGGCACCGAUCAAGCAGCAGGUAUGCGCCCCAGCCUCAGCCCCAGCACUUCUCGAACAGGUCUGCACAUUCGAGCCAAAACUUCCGAAGCUCUCGCUCUGGGUCGUCAUCGCGAUUGGGCGGAGCUGAAGCAGGGCGCCAAGAGCAAAGCCAGAUCGGCUGCUCAGGGAAUCGCUAGCAGAACCGCUCCCCUUCGAUCCUCUAGCGCUCUCCUCUCCCCCGCGCUCGCGCCCGCGCCCGCGCCCGCUCCCGCUCCUCACGCGUCCGCCGCCCUCGCCGCCUCAUCCCGAUCCUACUCUUCGCUCUCCAGCAGCAGCACCGCCACCACCACCGCCACCGCCAAUCGCCCUGCACUACCUCGAGCAGGUCACGUCGAGCCCGUACUGCUACCUACCUACGCUCAACUUUUGCCUGCUCGAGAUCGCGAACCUCAGACUUGGUCAUCCAGGGAUGAUGCCCCCACCGAAGAUCUGGACGAUGGAGAAGUGGAGAUUUUUCUGCGCAUCAAGGGUUUCGUGGAGAGGUGGCCUGAGAGCAGGGGUACGGCGCAGCGAGUGUGGGAAAGGGCGGGCAGGCAGCUGGCAGGACUGCCUCGUCUGCCUCCUCGCGCAUCCGCCUCCAGCCAUGCCGACUCGUCAGCCUCGCUCUUAUCGCUCAACUCCACCGAUGUGGAUGAUGCGGCAUUUUGGCCCGAAGUUCCAGAUGGCAUCUCUUCCGAUACUUCAGGCCAGAGGAUCGGCAGCACAUCGGAAGAUCGGCUUCCUGAAAAGUUGGCAGAUACGGUGCUAGAAGGUGCGGGCGAUGCGGCGUUGGAACGCAUCUUGGGCAGCGCGGGCGUCUUGCCCGUAGAGAGCGCACCUCAUCAGCGCGAUGUGCGAAAUGCGCGGCGCUCGGAAAUGGAUGCGCCCGCGCAGGAGCGACCAGUGAUUGCCAGAUCCGCGUCUGGAUCGGCCGUUCCGCUCGUAGGCGGCUCGAGCACGUGGUGGGGUCGCUCACUGCACGAGCUGCACGAUCUGGCAGAGAAUCUGGAAUGGAGGCUGAGGGCCUUUUGGACGUACAAGGCGGCGGGCAGAGAGGUGCGCAUCGAGGUGUUGCCUUGCUUUGCGGGAGAUCGAGAUGAAGCGACCAUAGGAGCAGCAGCUGGUUGGCGCACGCACGAGAGGGAUGCGCAGCACGAGGAGGGCAAAUCGAGAGUGAUCGCUGCUACGACGCUGGUGUCGGAUGCGGCAGGCAUGAUCGACGAUUCGCUCAUCAUUCCAAAGCACAUGAUUCAAGCCUACCUCCGCUCCGACUCGCGAUCCAGCAUCCAGCACAACGCUACUCCGGACGACAUUUGCGCGCUCAAAGUGCGAGCGAUACUCAUGCCCCAGAAAUCGCUCGCUCAAACGGUCUUGCCAUCGUCGGAGCAGGGGCAGGGCGAGCCUGUCAAGGGAUCUUGGCACACGCUGACUGUUCAGCCGAUGAGAAGAGGUGUCAGAAGAGUUCGGCUGAUCAGCGAUGUGGACGAUACCGUGAGUGUCUCGCGCGCGCGCGGCUAUAAAUCCGCAGACCCGCGACCCGCGCACACCCUGACGGUCUUGCACCACUUUACACGCGCGCGCGCGUCCGUGCAGGUGAGGCACACGCACGUUCUGGGAGGCACGCGGGCAGUGUUCAGAAACGUCUUUGUUAGGAAUCAUCAAGAGGUGCAGGUCGAGGGAGUGUCGCAGUGGUACGACGCCAUGGUGCGCUUAGGCGUAGGCAUCCAUUACGUCUCCAACGCUCCCUGCGAGCUGCAUGCCGUCGUUCGAGACUUUCUGGCCAACGCGGGACUGCCCAGCGGACAGUUGGCUCUGAAACACUAUCCGGCCGUCACUACCAGCUCGCUCAUCGCUUCGUGGCUGCAACCAGCAGCUGCGCGCAAGCGUGGCGCUCUGACCGGCAUCAUGACCGACUUUCCAGACGACGCCUUUAUCCUCGUUGGCGAUUCGGGCGAGAUGGAUCUGGACGUGUACACUGAGCUGGCCAUUGCUCGUCCCAAUCAAGUGGCGGCCAUUCUCAUUCGGGACGUAUCGACUCCGACCUCUUCCAGUGUGCCGUCCAGCAAGUCCAACUCCAGUUUGGCCGAGGGCCGAGCACCCAAACGGAGCAACACGACACUAAGCACUGCCUCCGCCUCCACCUCUACCGCGUCGUCAUCGUCGUCCGUAUCAGCAGCAGCAGCAGCCUCCAGUUCGACCGAGCCGGACCCAUCCACGCUUGCGUGGCACGCCAGACUUGUUCGAGCUAGUCAGGCCCUUCCGCCGAGCGUCGUGCUGCAGACUUGGAGGGAGGGCAGGGAUGUGCAAAGUUUGUGCGAGUACCUCGUGCAGAGCCUGCAAUCGAGCGACGGCCAGCGUGGCAGCUAGAGGAGAGGUACGCGCGCCGUUAAAGCCAGUAGCCACCUUCUCCUCCUUCCCUCUUGACUCGGGUGGCGAGGACGACAAAUGCG